CUUCAAUGCAGUUCCCAUUUUCUUUCACCAUUUUCUUUCUAAUACUCUUGUUCUUUAUUUUCUUGUUGAUUAAGGAGUACGAAAGAUCAUCAAAAACUGCUAAGAAAUUGCCCCCUGGACCAUGGAAACUCCCUUUUGUAGGAAACUUGCAUCAAUUUCUAGGUUCAUUACCACAUCGUUCUCUCCAAAAAUUAGCACAAAAAUAUGGUCCAAUCAUGCAUUUGAAGAUUGGUGAACUCUCUACAAUCGUUAUAUCAUCUCCUCACGUAGCAGAAGAAGCCUUGAAAAAGAAUGAUCUUGCAUUUGCAGAUAGACCGCAGGUUCUCUUGUCGAAGAUCGUUUUUUACAAUUAUGUAAAUCUUUCUUCUUCUCCAUAUGGUGAAUACUGGAGAGAGAUGCGUAAAUUGUUCAUUAUGAAACUUCUAAGCUCGAAAAAGGUAAAAUCAUUUUACACAAUUAUGGAGGAAGAAGUGUCGAAUCUUGUUGCCUAUAUUCGAUCUUUAGAAGGAUUUCCAAUUAAUCUGACUGAAAAAGUUUCUUCUGUAACGAGUGCAGUUACUUGCAGGGCUGCAGUUGGUCGAAGAUGCAAAGAUCAAGAAACUUUAUCAAGUUUGGCAAAAGAAGCUAUAGCAUUUGCAGGAGUUUUUAAUGCUGGAGAUGUUUUUCCUUCGCUGCAACUACUCGACUCCCUCUUUGGGUCGAAAAGGAAAUUGGCUAAGUUGCAUAAGAAGGUCGACAAUAUUCUAGAGGACAUAAUCCAAGAACACGAGAAGGAUCGACUAACCUUGACAGGGAACGAGCCAUUUGAAGAAGAUUUACACGACGUAUUCCUACGCCUCAAGGCAGAUAAUGAAUUUCCGAUUGAUAUUACAAGAGAGAUCAUCAAAGCCAACAUUUUUGAACUCUUCACCGCUGGAACAGAUACAUCAUCCACCGUAGUAGAAUGGACAAUGGCAGAAUUGAUGAAGAAUCCAAGAGUGAUGAGAAAGGCACAAAUAGAAGUGAGGCAAGAAAACGAAAAAUUCUCAAAUACUGAUAUUCAGAAACUAAAUUACCUGCAAAUGGUGAUCAAAGAGUCAUUGAGGAUACAUUUGUAAGUAUUAUGUCCUAGGUCUAAUCAACUUUGGACAUAAAUACUUUUAUAUAUAAUUAAUGUAAUUAAAU